AUGGAACCAUUUAAAAAAGCCUUUGUUUUCCUUCUUCACACUUUCCUUUUAACUUCACUUCCAUUUGCACUGAACAUUGUAUUAUCUAAGAAAACGGAAGCAGAGGCUCUUGUAAGUUGGAAAGGGGUUGUAUGCAACACCGAGGUGUCAUUUUAUGAGAUAUACUUGCCAGGUGUCGGCCUUCAUGGCACACUUGACCAACUCGAAUUUUCUUCAUUUCCAAAUCACACAAGUCUUGAACUCUGUUGCUCCUUGCUAUCAAUUCUUACUAAGCUGAUGAAAUUGAAAGGUAUUGGGUUAGCCUCGAACAACUUCUUUGGUUCAAUUCCAAAUAUUUUUGGCUCGAUGCCAAAUCUGGAAAUCCUUGAACUAAAUUCAUUCGAAGAAAAGAUCCCAUCUUCUUUAGGCAAACAUGGGAAUCUUCAAUACCUUGGUCUCUCAAUUGAUAGCCUACUCAAUUCCACAAUUCCUUUUGAGCUUGGCCUUUGCACAAACCUUACCCAAUUGAUUUUAAGUGAGAGUUCACUUACAGGAUCCUUGCCUUUAUCCUUGACCAAUCUAACCAAAUUAUCUGUUUUGGUUAUCAUUGAUAGUAAUCUUUGUGGUCACAUCCUGCCUUAUUUUUUCACAAAUUGGACCCAGUUAACAAUUUUGUGGAUUCAUAACAAUUCUUUCUCUGGGGAAAUACCAUUUGAAAUCGGUUUGUUGACAAAUCUCAAUUUUCUUAAUUUGAAUGGUAAUAGAUUUUUCGGCUAUAUCCCACAAACGAUAGGAAGCUUGCAAAACUUGUUAUACCUAGACCUUUUAGUCAACUUGCUUUCAAAUCAAAUACCUCCAACGAUUGGAAAUUUAACAGAACUUAGGUCUAUAGAUAUUUCCUCCAACCAUCUCACAGGUAUGAUUUCACUUGAGGUUGGACAUUUGAAGUCACUCGUGGCUCUGGAUCUAAGUAUGAAGCAAUUAAGUGGGCAGUUGCCCAAAAACGUCUCUAAACUUGGUAAAGGAUUGCGAGUUUUGAAUUUGAACAAUAAUAAUUUUCAUGACACCAUUCCCAAAAUAUUUCCAAAGGGAUGUGAACUGCAGUAUUUGGACUGA